AUGCUACUGCGCUGGAAGUCGGGGCUGCAGCUGCAACUGCUGCUAUUCUUGGGGUCACUCGGUUUCCUCUGUCCGGGAGUCCGGGCGGGACCAGAGCAAGCGGAGAGCACCGUGGAGCUGGACUUCUCCACUGAGUGGCCGGUGCACCUGGUGAGUCCCGCCUUCCUGUCCGUAACCAUCGACGCCAACCUGGCCACAGACCCGCGGUUCCUCACCUUCCUGGGUUCUCCAAGGCUUCGAACUUUGGCCAAAGGCUUGUCUCCUGCAUACCUGAGAUUUGGUGGCACCAAGACGGACUUCCUAAUUUUUGACCCAAAGAAGGAGCCAACCUUUGAAGAGAGAAGUUACUGGCAAUCCCAAGUCAAUAAGGAUAUUUGUAAAUCUGGACCUAUCCCCUCUGAGGUGGAGAAGAAGUUACAGUUGGAAUGGCCCUUCCAGGAACAAUUGCUUCUCAGAGAACAGUAUCAGAAAAAGUUCAAGAACAGCACUUACUCAAAAAGCUCAGUGGAUAUGCUGUACACUUUUGCAAAUUGCUCAGGAUUAGACCUUAUCUUUGGCCUAAAUGCGUUAUUAAGAACAGCAGAUUUGCACUGGAACAAUUCUAAUGCACAGUUGCUGCUAGACUACUGUUCUUCCAAGAGUUACAACAUUUCUUGGGAACUUGGCAAUGAACCUAACAGUUUUCGAAAGAAGUCUGGUAUUUAUAUUGAUGGAUUCCAGUUAGGAGAAGAUUUUGUUGAACUGCAUACACUUCUAGGAAAAUCUGCUUUCAAAACUGCAAAAUUAUAUGGCCCUGACAUUGGUCAACCUCGAGGAAAGACUGUUAAGAUGUUGAGGAGUUUCCUGGAGGCUGGAGGAGACGUGAUUAAUUCAGUUACGUGGCAUCACUACUAUUUGAAUGGACGAAUUGCUACCAAAGAAGACUUUCUAAACCCUGAUGUACUGGACACUUUUAUUUUAUCCACACAAAAAAUUUUCCAGGUUGUUGAGGAGACCAGACCCCACAAGGUUUGGUUAGGAGAAACAAGUUCAGCGUAUGGGGGUGGAGCACCCUUGCUGUCCAACACCUUUGCAGCUGGCUUUAUGUGGCUGGAUAAAUUGGGCCUGUCGGCCAGAAUGGGCAUCGAAGUGGUGAUGAGACAAGUGCUCUUUGGAGCAGGAAACUACCACUUAGUGGAUGAAAAUUUCGAGCCUUUACCUGAUUAUUGGUUAUCUCUUCUGUUCAAGAAACUGGUGGGCACCAAUGUGUUAAUGGCAAAUGUGAAAGGUCCAAACAGAAACAAACUUCGAGUGUACCUUCAUUGCACAAACAUCAAUCACCCCAGGUAUAAAGUAGGAGAUUUAACUCUGUAUGCCUUAAACCUACAUAAUGUCACCAUGCGCUUACAGUUGCCCUAUCAUUUAUUUAACAAACAAGUGGAUAAAUACCUUGUAAAACCUUCAGGACCUGAUGGAUUACUUUCUAAGUCUGUUCAACUCAAUGGUCAAAUUCUAAAGAUGGUGGAUGAUCAAACCCUGCCAGCUUUGACAGAAAAACCCCUUCGCCCAGGAAGUUCACUGGGCUUGCCAGCUUUCUCCUAUGGGUUUUUUGUGAUAAGAAAUGCCAAAGUUGCUGCUUGCAUCUGA